GUCAAGUUGCCAACCGACAUGUCAAAGUUAGCAUACCUUUCAAACUAUUAACAAAAUUUUAGUAUUAUGUUUCCAAUAUCAUUUGCCCCGAAACUGAUAAGAAGCUGCACUAUACUAUUGAACAUCUCAAAAACUUAUUGUUGCCCUCCUACGCCAAAACCGCCCGUAGUCACAGUUUUGAAUGCUUGUAGCAAAAUAGGAAAGUAUGUCGCCUUACUGCUCAAACAGAACCCACUUAUAGGAGAAUUAAGGCUCUAUGACAAAAAUGGAACCGUUUGUGCGGUCGCAGAAGAUCUAAGUCAUAUCGACACUAGGACUAAAGUUAGGUCUUUCGGAGGUUCUGCUGUUUUGAAACAUGCAGUAGCAGAAGUUGACAUAGUAGUCUCUGUAGGAGGUUGUAAAGAAUCGUCUAGAGAAAGCUACAAGAAAUUGUUCGAAAAAAAUGUUGAUGAUGUAAGAUCUGAAGCACUUCAUAUGAUAGAAUUCAACCCUAAGGCUGUAUUUUGUAUUGCAAAGCCGCCUAUUGAAGCAUUGGUGCCGAUGGUAUCUGAGGAGUUUAGGAAGGCAGGUGUAUAUGAUAGCAGAAAAAUAAUUGGCAUUACCUCAGUGGGAUCCAUGAGAGCUAACUAUCACAUAGCCAAUGUUACAGGACAAAGAGCCGCAGAUGUGAUAUGUCCAAUCGUAGGAGGACUUAGCACAAACUGUCUAGUCGCUGUAUUGUCACAAACAAAGCCUAAAACAACCAGCCCGCAAAUAAUACCAACAGUUCAAAAAUUAAUUGGUGAAAGCGAAGAUGACGUCCUAAAAUUGUACGCUGACUGUCAUACAGUGUGCUUAAGCCCAGCCUUAGCUGUGGCAAGAUUUGUGAACACAAUGUUGAAAGCUCUCCGUGGAGAUACCAAUUGUGUUGAUUGUGCUUUUGUUGCUCAAACGGGUCAUAUUGGACAGUUUUUGCCUUAUAUGACAUCAAUAGUAAGGCUAGGUGUUAAGCGUAAUACAACACGAAGCUAGGAUAGCCAAUCUGCGGCGAACGACCAUCUGUGAAGGAUUUUUAUUUUGGCUACAGCAGAGAGCUCUCAGAAUAUAGGGCGGCAUGGUGCUAUAACAACCAUGAAGGCAAAUGGUAUAUGAUUUUGUGACCGUAUUUAAUUUCAAUAAGGCUGCUACCUCUAGGGGCACAGUGUCACAAAGUCUAUCUUAGCACCAGAUGAACAAAGAAAAAUAUGGCACAGGACGAUAUGGAAUUAUGUCCAGCCAUAUGCCAAAAAUAAGCGGAGAUGAGGCGCACAGACUGAAAAAAGCAGCUGUUAUUAUUAAAGAUCUAAUCAAAAUGGGAGAAUCAUUCGUCACAGGAGAGAUUCUGGACGAUAGCAUUCAACAAAAUGGGUCUGCACAAAAACUUCAAGAAGCUGCACAAGCUCAAGCGACGGCGGCAUCUGCUUUUGGAAAAGUCCAGUCGCAACAGACAUCCGGUUAAAAACGCAGGUUUAUAGUAGAAAGUGAACAACAAUAUUGUCGCCCCAGUUAUUCUAAGUCAACUGUUAUUAAUUUCUCAGUAAAAUAUGUUCUGUAAGAUAGAUCUCUCAAACACCACUUUCGUUGAUAGUAAUACGCUAAACACAUCGCGCUUUUCACGUCUAUCUAUCUAGUAAGAGUUAUAUUCAUUGCAGUUCAAUUUAUAUGAAGGACAAUGGUAAAAAUGCGCCUGCAUUUGUGUGCUGUAAAGACCGACAUGCAUAGGUACUCCAAAUGGCUUGACAUUACAUCAUUCCAUUUUCCUGAUGCUCUGAAACUGUAAAGUAUCAAUUUUACACUGGAUUUUGUAUUCCAUCUGGCACUUUAUAUUGUAACUAACUUUUUGUUUUUGGUUGCAUAUGAUGAUGCUAUUGUGAAUGGGGAGCUUUUUGUGGUCAUAAUUUCGAGCAACACAGGCAUCUUCUUCAUUAUACAAACCAUCCAAAAAUAUAUUAUGGGUUCCAAAAUUCGUAUGUCUAAAUAAAGUGGAUACACUUUUAUCUUGGGAUCAAUUAAAAACAUGAGUAAUAAGUGCAUACAUAUCAUUUAUUCACUUAUUCAACAAAACUAAAUACGAUCAUAUAUUCAAUAAAAAUGUGUCAGUUUGUUACCUAAAAAUACGUAAAUGAGAAGACAAAUGAAUAUGUCACUAUAUACAAAAAAGUUUUUAGUUGUGUAUGCAUAUAUUUAUAACUUAAUCUUGUCAGCGAGUGAGCAUGACAGCCCAGUACCAUCAGGCUCAACUUGUAGUUGUGUCACUUUACCAUUUUCAGCAACCAAGGAGUACCUGAAACAAAUAAAUGUUGGUUUAUCUGCAACUGGAAAAAUUGAAAGAGGAUGAAAGCAUUGAUGUCCAUAUUUCACGACAUCAUAAGAGACAUGAUUUCUAAAUCUUAUGUACAAACACAAGGUUGUCACACUUUUUUUGAAAGUAGUAAUGUAUAAAUUUUUUACUAAACCAGAC